AUGUGGCCAGACAGAAUAAGAGUAGUUAAAGGUACUUCUUCAAGUGGACUAGCGAUAGGUGCUACCAAUAGUAGCUGCCAAUUAAUGGGAAUCAUUGGACCAUUAAUCUAUCAAUCUAAAUUUGGACCUACAUAUCGCGUUUCAUACUCUUGCUCUAUAGGAUUGUGUGCAGUUUCUUUCAUUUUCAUUGGCCUAACAUGGUAUCUCAUUCAUAGGAGAGGAAUACUUGAUACUGAGGGAGCUGUCGAAGAAUUAGAACUUUCUCAAAAUAUCACCGAAUAUGAAACCAUAAAUGCAGCUGAUGAGAAAGACGACGAGAAGAGCCAGGUAAGGACACAUUCUCGUAAUAUAUUUUCUCUGUAA